AUGGUUUCUACAGCAUCAACUCCCCAGAUCCCCUCCAUCCCCGCCAUCAACCUCCUAUCUCUGCCUCCGGAGUUCCUCACCUCCGUCGCACUCCAGCUGGACGGAAAGUCAGCGGUCGCGCUUUCUACCACAUCCCACCUCUCCCUGUCACCUCAUUAUGGCAAGCGGGUGCAUAUCACGCCACUUUUUUCCGGUUAUCCGGCGUACCAACAAUGGGCGGCGGAUGAGGCGACGGAAACGGAGGAGACUCAGGAGAGGCAGAACGCCGCAAUGCUGCGGCGGAUUACGAGACUGAGGGCGCUUCUGGCGGACGGGCGAAUGGGGCUCGUGAAAGACCUGUCGGUCGUGGUCGAUGACGGAUCGAUCGCGGAGGUGUUCAGCCUACUCUGCGACAUAUCCCCCACCCUCAGAAAGCUCUGUAUCAGCCCGGUCUUCGAUCACAUGCGGGAUUCGGAGCGGUCCGCCUCGCACGAGGACCUCUUCAACGUCAACGGCUUCAUCCGCUCGGAUAUGGUCUUCGCGUCGCUGACCCACCUUCGUAUCACCCGCGGAGUGGUUCAUCGAGCCACUGCGCUUUCAUCACUCGUCGCGGCAGCUCCCGGCCUCAUCCAUCUCGAUGCGGCAUUCGAGUGUGAGGUCGACGCUGCAACUCGGGAGGAACUCCUCGCACCAGGCUAUGUAGCGCCCACUACUGCAACAGCUCUGCGGAAGCUCAAGCUACGCUUCGUCGGCCUCAGUCGCGGCGAAAUCCCCUCCACCUUUCAGCACCCAGGCAUCUCGCUCAUGGCGAGGAGUCCGCUACUGCGGCAAGUCUCUCUCUCUUCAGACGACAGAGAGCAGCCUGCCCCACUUCAGUCCGCGAUGGCGUUGAAGGACAAAGCUCACCUGAUGGACGUCGACUGGUCGAACACUUUGGCUGACUUCCUCGCUGUCUCGCGGCAAGUCGACUUGGAGCUUCCCUCCCUCCGGAGACUUAUCGUGAAGGGGGAGCAGUACAUGUCCGAUCCACAUCUUGAGAUGCAUGAAUACUGCCUACCCAAUUUACCCGGGCUCGAGACACUUUAUAUGCUGUACGACACCGAUGUGGCGGUCGACAGGAUUGAGGACACAGCUUUCCCGGAUCCUUCUCCCCUGUCUGGCAUAGUGCCAAAAUUUGCCACAAAUCUUCGCAACGCCCCUUCCCUACGGUACAUAAACAUCCUCUACUCCGACACCAUUCCGAACGGCUCAUGCAUCUUUACGCAUCUCGAUCGAUUCUCGUCUUUGCCCAAGCCAACGGGUCUGAUACGUUCAUUCUCUCACAACGGCGCGGAACUCCUCCACGCACGGCUCUACACGCACUAUAUCGUGAAGUCGGACACCUCCCAAUCUCUCUGCUCGCAUCUACGGGCGCCGUCGCGUCAUUCGGACUACCGUCACGUUCGUUAUACCGCGGCGGACGGGAGGGACCGAGUCAAGUAUUUCGAGUGGUUCCCUCAGCCCGCGUGGCUCAAUUUCACCCACUAUGAAGGGUAUGCAGUGCCCCUCGAGGUCAUCAAGAGGAUGAAAGAGACGGAAAUGUGGGAGGCGGAGAUGAGGGAGGCGCAGAUGAGUGAGGCGGAGAUGAGUGAGGCGGAGACAAGUCAGACGGAGGGAGCUCGCAACAGAGCAUGGGAGGGGCGGCAGAUCGAAGUCGGGGUUAAGGCGUGGAAGCAUCUAACAAAUUGGGUCAAAUGGAAGGCAUGGACGGAGGCGGGGAGGACAAACACGGUGAAGAUCGAGUUGCCGGGAUAUUAA